AUUGUGUUUUUUUUGAUUAUAUAUAUAGGAAAUUUAAGUUUAUUUUGCAAGAAAUUUUUGGGGUACUGCCAGUUUGAUAGGCGUACAAUAAUGUUUUCAACGGUACGAUAAUUUUGACACUCAAACAUGAUAAUUCUCUUCCGCGCACCUGGCAACACUGGUCACACCACAGCUGUAAGUUGUGUGGUUGAGCAUGCGUUUGUUUUUCAGUAUUAUAAUAAAAUCCAAAUAAACUAUUAAAGCAAACGUGCCAUGUUACUCUAGCUAAGUGAAACAAGUAUACGACGAUGAACGUAACAGAAACAAACUCGCUCCUGCAGCACGGGUUGCUAUGCUGCCGUGUUUGUUUAAUGACGGACUGCAGACUGUACAAUAUUCAUGAAUAUAAACUCGCCGACACCUUUACUCGCAUCUCCGGGACUCCUGUGUCCAGGGACAGUCUGCCGCAGUACCUGUGUGCGUACUGUCUAGUGCUGCUCCUCAAAUGCGCGUCCUUCAGAGACAUGUGUCUCCGCACUGUGAAGCAACUCACACCUGCUCUGCUCAAGGGGGCGCUGGAUAUAGAUUAUAUUCGCAAAUACCAAAAUCCUCACCGGUCACUCAGUUUAACCAAAACUCAAGUCGAAAUACUAGAAUUACUUCCACCGGAAGAUCUGCACAAUGAACAAGAUGAACACUCUGUGUCGGGAGACGGCAUCAAUGAAGCUUAUCUUGAAAUUAAACCUGAAAUACGAGAAAAUUUUAUUGAAAUCAGUGAAGUUGAUUUUAAGGAUGAAGUUGUUUUUAAAGAUGGUAUACUCAGCAAAAGAAAUAUUAAGAAAAAUAAGACUAAAGAAAAUAUCUUGAAAACUUUAAAAAAACGCAAAAGACCGAUAAUAAAGAAAAAUAAGGUUUUAAAAAUCGAACGUGUCUUUAAUGAAAGUAUGGAUUUUGAUAAUAAUGUAAUGAAAAUGAAAAAAGAGAAUACAGAAACAACUAAAACUCCCGAGGGGGAAAAUAUGGUCUUAAAAACUGAACGUGUCUGUAAUGAAAGUAUGGAUUUUGAUAAAUACCUAGUGAAAAUUGAAAAAGAUAAUACAGGAACAUUGAAAAUGAUGGCGAUUGAAGUAAAAGGCGAUAAGAUUGAAUUAAAAGUGGGUGAAAAAUCCGAUUAUAAUGAUGAUAUUUACUAUGAAGAAGUGCAGGAAAAAAUAGAAGACGUAAAAAUUAAAAGAAAAAAAGUUCAUAAUAGAACACGUACGGAACGUACAAAGAAUGUGAUAAAAAGCGGGAACAUUAAACGAAAGUUACCUAAAUUUAUUUCAACCUCAUUUGAGAGUACCUACGAUCUUAAAGUUGUCACUUUGAGCAAGGAAGAGCAGCUGGAAGAGAUCGAAACACGCAAAAAGUCCCAGAAUUACCUGGAGUCGCCGUUUAAGUGUGAAAAUUGCGGGAAAGGGUACGGCGUGGAGUCCGCCUACAACAACCACCGAGUCCGGCAUAACCCCAGCAACGGUCCGCACUGCUGUGAUAUCUGCGCUUCAUACUUUAAGACACCCAAUCAACUCUAUCAGCACCGCAUCCAGCGCCGACUGAAGUUAAUUUGCAAUGCGUGUGGCUUCGUCUCCAGAAACAAGGAACAAGCGAUCAAGCAUCACGCCACGCACACGGGCAAGACAUACGAGUGCCCACACUGCUCGAAGAUCUUCAUAAAAAACACUUCGUGCUUUAACCACGUGCGGCUGGCGCACCCCGAGCUGAACGUGGACUGCGUCGACUGCGGCGAGACGUUCGUCGGCGACUACGGGCUCAGGCUACACAGGAAGAGGAUACAUGACUUGAACUCGAAAAAGUUCAUAUGUACUGUCUGCUCAGCCAACUUCAAUAGUGUAGAGGCGCUGAACAGACACACGGACACGGCCGCCGAGCACGGCGACCUGCGGCCGUGCGAGCAGUGCGGCGAGAACUGUGCGAGCGAGGACGCGCUACGGGAACAUGUCGGGGAGAUGCAUCCCACCGAGUCGCAUAUCUGUGAAGUGUGCAACGUGGCAUUCUCAAAUGCGGCGGCGUUGGACACGCACAGCCGGCGCAAGCACCUCGGGCUGCGGUACGCGGCCCCUUCAGCUCAAUACCGAGGUCAAUACCGAGGCCGAUACCGGAGAAAGGCUAACCAUCCUAAUCCGUGCAUGUGCGAGCAGUGCGGCGCUAUUCUGCCGUACCCGUCGCUCCUCGCGUGCCACAUGCGCACGCACCUCGCCGUGAAGCCGUACGCCUGUCCUCAUUGCCCGAAGAAAUUCAACUGGCCACAUUCUCUAAAAAAUCACGUGCGCGCACACAACAGCGACGAAAAGCCGCACCAGUGCCCCGAGUGCCCGCGAGCGUUCAACUCCAAGUCCAACUUCAACCGACAUUACAACACUGCACAUCUCGGUAUACGCGGCUCAUUCCCGUGUCCGAUCUGCGGGCGCGCGUCCACCACCAAGCACUCGCUGUCGGUGCACGUGCGCGGGGUGCACGGCGACGCCAAUGGCCAGGACCGCAGCAAACGAAAGAAAAAGACUCAGCUAGAUGAUCAAUGAUUAAAUACUUCGUUUAAAAAAUUGAGUUUUAUUAUGAAGAAAUCCAUUACUUGAAAUAUACUAUAGUUACA